AUGGCUCCCGAGUCGUCGCCAGAGUUCCUUCCCAACCAAAAUGCCCGUCUACCUAGUCGGACCACAGCGAGCGAGUUUACGGCCAUUUUUCAGGCCCGAAACGCCGUUGAGAUCCCUGUUCCCGAAGUUCUGACCUGGGGCUCCAGGGCCGAUGAGAAUCCGGUCGCUGCGGAACUGGAGGAAGUCCCGGGAAUCGAGCUGGAACGGCCCUGGCCGAGCAUGAACAUACAAGAGUAG